GGCCCUCCUCCCGUUUCUCCGCCUACUCCAGCCUCCGCCGCUUCAGCUUCCCGAGCGAGCCCUGCGGCCACCGGAGCGUCUCCCGCGGCGGAGCAGGAGCCGGAUGGUCAGAGGAGCCCGGCAGUCCCAGCAGCCGCGGAGUCGCCUGGCCCCCAGACUGACUGGCACAGUGGAGAAACCACCUCGAAAACGGAAAAGCAGGACUGAAUUUACUCUUAAAGAAACCAUGUCUUCUGGAGGUGCUGAAGAUGACAUCCCACAGGGAGAGAGGAAGACAGUUACAGAUUUCUGUUAUCUUUUGGAUAAAUCCAAGCAGCUGUUCAAUGGAUUAAGAGAUUUGCCGCAGUAUGGACAGAAGCAAUGGCAGUCCUACUUCGGAAGAACUUUUGAUGUUUACACCAAACUCUGGAAAUUCCAGCAGCAGCAUCGACAAGUCUUGGAUAAUCGGUAUGGCUUGAAGCGGUGGCAAAUAGGAGAAAUUGCUUCCAAGAUUGGGCAGCUGUAUUACCACUAUUAUUUACGCACAUCUGAGACAAGCUAUCUGAAUGAAGCUUUCUCCUUCUACUCUGCAAUCAGACAAAGAUCAUACUACUCUCAAGUCAAUAAAGAAGACAGGCCUGAGUUGGUUGUUAAGAAACUCCGAUACUAUGCAAGAUUUAUAGUAGUAUGUCUUCUUCUUAACAAAAUGGAUGUUGUGAAAGACCUGGUAAAGGAAUUGUCUGAUGAAAUUGAAGAUUAUACUCAUCGCUUUAAUACUGAAGAUCAAGUAGAGUGGAACCUGGUGCUUCAAGAGGUAGCAGCGUUCAUUGAGGCAGACCCUGUGAUGGUGUUGAAUGACGAUAACACCAUUGUUAUCACAUCCAGUCGCCUCGCUGAAACAGGGGCCCCCCUGCUGGAGCAAGGCAUGAUUGUGGGACAGUUGUCUCUGGCUGAUGCACUCAUUAUUGGUAAUUGUAAUAAUCAGGUCAAAUUCAGUGAAUUAACUGUUGACAUGUUCCGGAUGCUGCAAGCCUUGGAGAGGGAGCCAAUGAAUUUAGCUUCCCAGAUGAAUAAACCAGGAAUACAGGAGCCAGCUGACAAGCCCACCAGACGAGAAAACCCCCACAAGUAUCUUCUCUACAAACCAACCUUCAGCCAGCUGUAUACAUUCUUAGCAGCAUCUUUUAAGGAGCUGCCUGCCAAUAGUGUGCUUCUGAUUUACCUGUCGGCCACUGGCGUUUUCCCCACAGGUCGUUCUGAUGGUGAAGGUCCUUACGACUUUGGAGGUGUUCUUACUAAUAGUAACCGGGACAUUGUAAAUGGAGAUGCGAUCCACAAACGAAAUCAGUCCCACAAGGAAAUGCACUGCCUUCAUCCUGGAGAUCUCUAUCCAUUCACAAGGAAACCCCUGUUCAUCAUUGUGGACUCCUCCAAUAGUGUUGCCUACAAGAACUUCACAAACUUGUUUGGACAGCCGCUCGUCUGCCUGCUUUCUCCCACAGCAUAUCCAAAAGCUUUGCAAGAUCAGUCUCAGCGAGGUAGCCUCUUCACUCUCUUUCUGAACAAUCCUCUAAUGGCCUUCCUAUUUGUGUCUGGAUUGUCAAGCAUGCGUAGAGGCCUGUGGGAAAAGUGUCAAGAAUAUCUUCGAAAAAUCAACCGUGAUAUUGCCCAGCUACUGACCCAUUCGCGUUCAAUAGAUCAGGCCUUCCUCCAGUUUUUUGGAGAUGAGUUUCUUCGAUUGCUUCUCACAAGGUUUGUCUUCUGUUCAGCCACCAUGAGGAUGCACAAGGCCUUUCGGGAAACUCGAAACUACCCAGAAUCCUAUCCACAACUGCCAAGGGACGAAACCGUGGAGAAUCCUCACCUCCAGAAGCACAUUUUGGAAUUGGCCACGAUUCUGGAUGUUCGAAACAUCUUCUUUGAGAAUUCUAUGGAUGACUAUUAAAACCCUCUUGUUUAACAGCUUUUCAUUUUCCACAGAUUUUAAAUGGUGCAGUUUUUUAAUGAAAUGACAGAGACAUAGUGUGUUACUUGGUUUUUAUUUUUGGAUUUAAGAACCACCAUUUUAAAAGCAAACUGAAAAAAGUUCAAACUUUUAGGGUAACUUUUAAAAUAUAAUCUUUCAAGUCUUUUAAAGUCUCAAUCUUGAAAUUUUUAUUUUUUGGUUUUGACAUUAGAUACUUACCUCCAACAUCUAAUUCUACACUGAGAUAGUUACUUUGUCACCCUAAGAAGAAUAAAUUGUUUAUUUUUACAUAAUGAGGACAAUCCAUAAGUUAUACUCGGACCUUUAAGUGUCUAGAUUUGGGAACUAAUUGUUCAUAGUGGUGAAACUGGCCACAUGGACUACUGAAAAUCAAGAGCAGAGCCCUUCUGUGGAGCUUCUUUCCACUCCACAGUAAUAAGUAGGAAAAUAAGUUACUCUCUGACGUACAAACAAAUGUCUUGAGAUCACUGAAUUUAAUUAAAUGAUGUCAAAUUAU